UUGGGGGCAGCACCUUCCGGGGGUCUCCAUUUGCUUUUAUUUCCGACUCCUUGGUACUCUUGGUAGCACUAGCACUGCUGCAAAGCGUGGUCGUCCGAGUGUGAUUUUUCAAAGACUGCCCUGCGGAAAAAACGAUAAAAUAGGAAAUCAGUCGAGUAAAAAAUCGGCAUGGAGAACGACUACGGAGUUGGUGUCUCCAACCGAUAUGGAUUAUUUCUGGAGGAAGAGGAGGAGGACCCCUUCGAUAUGCUGUCCAAGCAGGAGCAGCUGAAAGAAGCCAAGAAGAAGGUCAAGACUCAGCAGCAGGAAAAGGAGAACCGCAGCGGCACAGUUCCUAACAAGGCCGAGGGACCCAAGGGCAGCGCCAAGCCACCAGCGUCCGCCGACAAGAAGCCCAUCAAGGAGACGCAGAACUUGAAGCCCGUUGAGCCGCAGCAGCAGAAGCCGCCGCGCACUGACGCUGAGAAGCCUGCCGCUGGCGGCGCAAACCGCCCGCCCCGCAACCCUGCCUCAGUCAAGUUCGCCCCCGAGUCGAGAGAGGAGCGCAACAACAGGCGCAACAGAGAUGAUCGUGCUGGACAUGAGCAACGCAAUGACUCGAGAAGUUAUGGUGAAUCUGGGACUGGAGGCGAUGUUGAGUCGCGCGGUGGCCGCGGAGGUGGUCGUGGAGGCAUGGGACGCGGAGGACGGGGAGGCCGCGGUGGAUUCAGGACUGGCGAGCGAGGUGAAAGGCCCGAGAGGGGAGAGCGUGGCGAGCGCGGAGAACGGGGAGAACGAGAGUUCAGGCCGCGCCGGGAAUUCGACAGGCACUCUGGUUCGGACAAGAGCAGCGUGAAGCCCGUGGACAAGCGAGAGGGUGGCGGCGCGCGCAACUGGGGCACCUACAGGGACGAGAUAAACGAACCCAUUUCUGGAGAUGCACCCGAGCAACUGACCCCUGAGAAACCUCACGCUGACCAGGCCGAAGACUCUGCUGGAGAAAACCCUAAGGAAGAAACUGCCGUUGAUGAAAAUGCUGCCAACGAGGCUGAUUCUGUCAAGGAACUGACUCUGGAUGAGUGGAAGGCGUUGCGAGCCGGCCACCAGAAACCAACCUUCAACAUCAGAAAGGCCGGCGAAGGAGAGGACCCAACUCAAUGGAAAAAAAUGUACGAGCUGAACAAGAAGGCCGAGGAAGACGACGACGAAGACGAGGAGUACGAAAUUGCUGAGUAUCCGCAACGCGUCGGUCGCCAGAAGCACUUGCUCGACAUCGACAUACAUUUCUCAGACGCUAGGCGUGGAGGACGCGGCCGAGGCACUGGCAGGGGAGGCCGUGGUGGUCGUGGAGGCCCAAGGAGAGAAGGUCCUCCCGGCGCUGCUCCGGAGGGUGUCCCAGAGCGUGGAGAACGCGUUGGUGAACGCGGCGGCGAACGCGGUCCUCCGCGUGGAGGUGGCUUCACGCCCAAGCCAGCUGGCCGAGGAGGCAACUUCAGGCAGCAGCACCAGUCGGCCCCGAAAGUGGACGACGAGAAAGAUUUUCCUUCGCUAGGUUAAACGUGUGAGCGGCGAGGCAAAUGCAAAAAAUGUGCCCUCUCAUAGCAUUGUUAUGUUUAAUUUUCAAAUAACUUAAUGAGAAAAAGCAUGUAAAACUCACAUUACACUAUAGACUGGAGGGUUGCCCCAAAGUCGGAGCGAUCGACUCUUCAGUCGAAAUCUCGCCAUACGCUCACUGAAUUGAAAAAUCACUGUACGAACGUUGGUUGAUAUAUAAUGAUGUAUUACCUAUUAUCGGGCUGGGAGGAGACUUUCAAAAUGUUUGCUCUCCCCCCUCUUGUAUUUCCUUGAAUGGCCAAAUAUUUCUCCAAAGUUAUUGAAACAGCGUUUUUCCAGCCUCAAUUUGAAGAUUUUCGGAAGUUCACAGAGCAUUUGCAGAUUUUCGAACAUGAUUCUUGCAUUACAAAAUGACUAAGCACAUUUUCUAAUGCAACCCGUGGUGUAUUCCCAACGAUCGAUGGACAUUUUUUUUAUUUCAUGUACUUACAAGUACAAUGUUUCAAUAUUUGGAAAGAAUCAACAUUUCAAUUGCAGUGAGAAAUAAAAUUGAAUCACACUUAAUCAAA